CACUAUAAAGCAAAAGCAACAUUUUUUCUUCUUGGUGAACGCAUAAAUAAAAAAACAUCUGAGAUAGUAAAGAAAAUCUAUAAUGCUGGUCAUGAGCUAGGCAAUCACUCCUGGUCACAUAAGAAAUUGACAUCACUC